AUGUUUAUGCCACUUCGUUGUGUCACAGGAUUGGGACAUUUAAAUAAUUUGGCGAAGAGAGAAGAACCAAAGUGCUUUCGCUUUUCGUGGCUCGGUCCAACAUUCGACAAUAAUACAAAUAUUAAUUGUUCGUCCACGGCGUAUAAGGAAAUACCUUGCAUCGAACCAUUUGAAAUAAGCGUGAAACCUCCAAAUAUUACCCACAUGUGGAUAAAUGAAAAUCGAUCGGAAUUUUAUUGUCUCUUACGAGCGGGCUACAGUUGCAUUAAAUACACGUACAAUUUUAACGGGGCUGUCGUAAACAGUACGCACUUUUGCGGUAAGGUGAUCGAGGGCACGGCUCAUGCAAUCCCAACUGGCUGCUUCACCCAAAAGGUAGGAGGUCACAUUAUUGAAGCCUGUGCCUGCCGAUCCAAUGGUUUUGGAAUGCCCUGCAAUUUAUCCAUUAGACACACAUACUCAACGGCAAUAAUAACUUUGCUUCUCUUAUCGGUAAACGCAGCUUCUUAUCUACGGCCUUAUUAAACACUACGAUUUUAUGAUAUUUACAUAUAUACAAAGCCCUCGUUGUAAACACACAUU